UGGAAUCCACAUCAGCCAAAAAGCAUAAAUUGGGCUUACAUCUGCCAGGGGUUUUAAGAAGUUCUUUUUUUUAGCAAUGGUUUUUAGAAGUUGGUCUAGUAAUAUAAAAUGACUCAAAACUUGGUUCCCUAUUUGUAGUUGUUUCUGUUUGUGGGGCUUUGUCUUCCUUGCUCAUAAAAAAGAAGAAGAGCUUUUACGAAUGAAAAGGUCCAGCAACAGCGAAGGAUAGAAAGUAAUACAUGGGCCCAACCCAACUGCCCCAAUCCUAGUAGUGAAGUGAGAAAGCACAUUUCCAACAACUGAGUAUGAGAGAGAGAGAGAGAGAGAGAGAGAGAGAGAGAGAGAGAGAGAGAGGCGUUGGUGAGGUGAGGUGAAUAACAGCGUGCAGGAUUUGGAAACAUCUUUUUCUGCCUGAUAAUUCUAUAACCGUCUACUAGUCUCAUUACAUCAAUCUGGCUGGGAUCUCCAUCGUCUCCUCUCCUCCAAACCAAUUUGUUUAAUUCAUUUCAUUAGAUAGAUAGACAAAGCAAAGACAUCCGCUCUGCUCAUAUUUUUACUUGGAAAGACAACAACGAAGAAGAAAAGAGAUCAGAUAUCAUAUAUUAGAAGAUAUGGGUGCGAUUAAGGCAGCUGUUGGAGACACUAUGCUCACCUUCUUGUGGAUUUCCUGCGCAUCGAUGCUUGGACUAGCCACCAGCUUCAUCGCAAAUGCUGUUGGGGUUCAGGACCUUCCAUGGCCGCCUCUUUUCAUCACCACCGCCCUUGUCUUCGUCCUUGUAUUUGUCUUCACCUUCCUCGGAGACGCCUUGGGUGGGGCCAGCUUCAACCCCACUGGCACUGCCUCCUUUUACGCCGCCGGCCUUGGCGCCGACACCCUCCUCUCCAUGGCCCUCCGCUUCCCUGCUCAGGCUUUCGGUGCUGUGGGUGGAGUACUAGCUAUUAACGAGGUCAUGCCACAUCAGUACAAGCACAUGCUUGGAGGGCCUUCAUUAAAAGUUGACGUGCAUACUGGAGCUAUCGUUGAGGGGGUAUUGACUUUCGUAAUAUCCUUUCUUGUCCUUAUAAUCAUACUCAAGGGUCCUCGUAGCCCAGUUUUGAAGAUGUUGCUACUUUCUGUGGUCACUGUCACAUUGGUUGUCUCCGGUUCUGUCUAUACCGGCCCUUCAAUGAAUCCAGCCAAUGCAUUUGGUUGGGCAUAUCUAAACAAUUGGCACAACACAUGGGAGCAGUUUUAUGUUUAUUGGAUUUGCCCUUUCAUAGGAGCAAUAUUGGCUGGUUGGAUCUUCCGAGCUGUCUUUCCCCCCCUACUUGCCAAAGGCAAAAAGAAGAAGGCCAAGAAGGCCUGAAGAGAAGAGGUGAGGCGGGGUAGCUUCUUUCUGGUCAUUUUCAUCAGAAGAUAAGGAGGACCUUAGGGUUGGUAAACCUGUCUUCAAAUUGUGGAUCAAAUAAAAUGACUGUCUAGUCAAGUUGUGCUUUGGCGUUGGCAUUCUUUAUGCAAGUGCUGGCAAUGAAUUUCAGUGUGUUCGACGAGAGAGCAUUGAUAAUAGUUGGGUUAAAUGGCAAGCUUUGUCAUCCGUUCAUUAGAUAUUUCUCCCUUCCA